GAUAUUCCAAAGACACUCCGACUGGGAUCGUGCGUAACAUCGGGACGCGCGCGCGAUCCCACUGUUCUUCACGCUAUUGUCAACGUGAGGAAUUUCAGAGGAGAAAAAUAAGAGAAAUUAACUUUGAGUUAAAAAGGCUAGUGAACCGUCAGUUCAAACGAUGUGAAUGUGAACAUAAAAUAAUGAUUAUUAAUAAAUAUGACUAAUUAAUUUAUUAAUCUGCCGAGGAGUUGAUUGGUUUUUUUUUUCGCUGAUAAUUGAUUUUUCAUUGCAUCCGGAGGUGAUGGAUUUUUUUUUAUAGACGAUUGUUCAUGAUCAUUGGGCUCAAGUGAUUCGAUAUUUUAUUCGAGUGUUGAUUAGUGUGUUACAAGGUCGAUGACAGUGGUAUUAUCGAUCUCGAUCAUGAGUAGAAAAUAUUACAUCGGUUUUGGUAUCUCAUAGACGAUUAUUUGGGCUCUGGGAUAAUUGGGGAAGUUCAGGUUGACACAUGGCACGACUCGAAAUACCCAGUAUAGUGGUCCACAAGGGAUGCAGUAGGUCACAAAGCCGACCAUCGAGUCCAACAGGCGUAACAUCAUCUGUUAUGCCUGCAUUACCAUCCUCGGAACAUGCUAUUAUAUCAGUCAGUGGUGGCAAUAACAGUGUGACGUAUACAGUACAAAGUGAACAGGACAUGUUAGACAGUAAUGUCAACGUCAGUGUUGACAACAAUACAACGGAUAACGAUACACAUCCGUCACCAAAUUCACCUGACAAAACCGAACUGGAAUGUAAUAAUAGUCGGAAUAGGAUAAACACGAAGGUUAAACUCCUCGUCCGUAGCCAUGCGAUGAGGGAGUCAACCUCACCUCCCCGGGAGGCCCACAAUGGUUCCACCUCCCCUCGAACGCCCACUGACAUAACAGAAAAAUCCAAAUAUCCAUCCUCCCUCUCACCCCCAACAUCCGCUUCAAAGUUAACCAACAACAAUGAGCCAAUCUACAGUAACAGCAAUUUAACAACUCACUCUCCAAAACAAACUCGCACAAUAGCAACAUCCCCCACUUGUCGUACACCUCCUAGAAAUUCACUUGAAUCGUCACCAUCGCCGGGAUCACCGCCCCCACAUCGUGACAAAGAUCCAACUCAUCGUUCCAAGGCGACAAGCCCCAAUAUCCCCAUAAAAUGCAACAACUGCGUGAAGAACAAUCAGAAUGAUCGUCCAGGUCUGCUACAGACCCCCGGAUCACCGUCCAAAUCCGCCGCCCAUCACUCCCCAAAAUCAAAUCAUCAAUCGUCGCGUUACGAUUGUCAAAAUGUACGACGACCGAACACACUGUCAGUGUGCAACAACCAGUGUACAAAUCAGUGUUCAAACAAUACCCUGUCGAUUCGCUCAUCAUCGCGCCACAAAUUGCGCCAUCCUAAUUGCCAAAACAGCAGUAGCCUGGACUCAAAUGUCUCACCGUGUCUGUCACGUGACAGCAGUACAGAAUUGUACACAGAUUCAACGGGAAUUGAUCUCGAGCAAUUUAUCGCAGUGACGAUAAAUCGUAAUCAGAAAGACAGAUCAGUGUUGCUGAAGAUUGAGAAAGAACUGAUAGAGUUCGCCAAGGAUCGCCAGAAGGUCUGCCACAAAUUUCCAAAUAUGUCAUCGUACAAUCGCAUGCUGGUGCACCGCGUUGCAGCAUAUUUUGGAAUGGAGCACAAUGUUGAUCAGUCUGGGCUGUCGGUUAUCGUGACACGAACCAAGAACAUGAGAAUUCCGGAUACACGAUUCAAAGAACACAUCAGGGAUGAUCUUCUUCUGACUGAAGAGCCCCGUCGAAGUAUUCUGAAGAGGGAUUCCAAUUCGUUCGAGGAUGGCUGCUUCAAUUUUAAGUCACCUGAUAGAAUGUCUGGUGACUACUGCAGACGUAGCAAAUCCUUCGAGGAGAGGGAGGAGGAGUACGAAAAGGCGCGUAGAAGAAUAUUCAAGGAUAGCAGUGGUGAUAGUGAAGUCACUUCGUGGCCAUACUGGUCGUCCUCGGAGAGUUCGGAUGCAUCAGCUCGUUAUCGUCUCCUCCAUCCCGGGGAUCAUAAUUCAAUGAGAACGCGUUUGUCCAAGGGCGAGUCCUGCGACGGUAGGGAAAAUUUUCGCGGCGUUCUCCGACCCUCGGUGUCCAAAUCAUUCAGUUUUGGUGGAUAUACAAGGGGCAUGCUCGCCAGGGGUGACAGUGUUUCAUCAACAAGGAGCGCUGGUGCUAGACUCACCAAACAGGAUUCUGGUGCCAGUGUUUGCUCGAGACUCAGUCCCUCCUCGAGUGGCUACAAAAGCCAAAGCCAAAGAAGUGAUGCCACUAUUUCACCAUCACCAUCACCCUCACCAAUUCCCACAAUACCGUGUAAUCACAAAGAGGCUAGUCACAAUUCUACGUCAGUGGAUGGAUCUCAGGCGAGUCAGACGGUAAUGUGGGCUGUUUCCAGUAUUUCCAGUGUACCAGCUGGCUCAAUAAUUAUGAAUCCCCGAACUAAUCAGCCGUAUACAAAUUCCGAUGGUUCAAUUUAUCGUUUUGAUCCGGAGAAUCCACCUAAAAUAUUCAACGAUAUGGCAGAUAUACACGAGAGUCCUGCUGAAGGAAGUGGAACAGAGUCGCCUAGGACAAAUUCAAAUCAAAAUUCCAAGAGAAAACACUCCCCCAAAAAUAACCCAAGGGGUGUUACCAAUACUGCUACAUCGCCAACGUUGCCAUUUGACGCAAGUCCACCACCAGUCAUUCAAGAGUGUCCACAUGUGGCUAUUAAGACAACUGAUACCCAGGUGUGUAAUCACGGUGGACACAAUUAUGCCAAUUUCUCGCAGCAGAAUAGCAUUGAUAUGAGUUACAACCAGAGUCCAGUCUACUCUGAUCAGGGAAUUGUCCUUCAGAGGCAACCCGAUGUUGGCCAAACCCCGGUGCAUGUACCCCCACCGCCCGCGGAUAUUGUUUUUGGGCAGAAUAAUGUUUACGGAAAUUAUUCGCCGAUGGCAAUGCACCAGACAUGUCAUCCUCAGACGAACGACAUGUCAGAGCUGUCUGGGUACUUCAUGGGGAUGAAUGUUUAUGAGGGGCCGAGGAGUGGAGGUGAUACCCAAGGUACACCGACCCAUGGAUUCAGUGCUCCUCCACCACCGCCACCACCCCCUCCUCCACCUCCUCCACCACAGCCACCCCAUAUGCAGGGCAAUGCGCAUAAUGGACAGGGAUAUUGGCAGCCACCACCACCACCUCCUCCUCCACCACCGCCACCACCCCCACCUGUGCCACCAGCACAGCAGCAGCAUGGACAACAUGGAAAUCCCAUGCCGCCCCAGCAUGCGAUGUACUUCGUUCCACCACCAGGUCAGCCAUCAGGUACCGUUGGCCAGGCACCAAACGACAGACAAACGAUGCAUCAGCAUCAACGUUUUCCACCUGGUUAUGCUUACAAUCCACAAACAAUGACACCACCAAAUCAGGGAGCACCCAAUUAUGUAAACGGUUAUGGGCCAAUAUCAUACAAUUCAAUGCCAACAGUUACACCCAGCCCUGCCGAUUACUCGUAUCACAGCCCCUUGCACAUGAUACCAACUUAUUAUUCAUCUGGACAACCUACCAUUCAACCACCACCAGUUAUGUGGAGGGUACCAACACCGCCUAAUACACCAACGUCCAAUCAAAUGCCAGGUGUACCUGUCAUGUAUGUAAAUUCAGCAACUUAUGGACCACCAACAAUGAUGGCAGGGUCAUUUGGACAUCAAUUACCAAAUACAGGACCACCAGGACCAACGGGUGCUUAUAUGGCCCCUUCAAUUCUGCCAAAUCUUGUAUUUAGACAAAAUAUGCCUAUGAUGACUACAGGCAUCAGAGCUUCAACCCCCUCCGGCUCCCAGCGAACAAGCAGAUCACCAACACCAGCUCAUGAAUUUUUUAACAACAAUGUCAAUGGUAAUGUUGGUAAUAAUGGCAAUGUUAAUGGAAAUGGUGGAGCUGUUAGUGGGGAUAACAGAAAUGCACAAGCACAAUCGCGUUAUCCACUGCCAAUGUAUCAGGGUCUUCAUAUCGUACAAGGUAAAGAAAGGAUGAUAAAAAAUAUGAUCCAUCAUUUUCUCAAUCGACGUUUAACUCCAGGGGAUAUCAGACUGAUGCAUCCUGGCAACUCUCGUCUCCAGUAUGCCCCAGUGCCAUCACCACCUAUCGUUCAAGGCUGUCCGCGACCAUUCAGACCACCUUCGUAUUCCUCGAACACGUCCGGAUGUCCUACACCGAAUUCCUUCGAUGGUCGAGGGCAGAAAAUGCGAAAACAGAGGUCCAAAAUCACAACUCUACCACCAACUGGCGUAAGGCCCAAUGUCUAUCAAGUUCCUUCCAUGCCCUCUAUAUCAUCCAACCCGCCCAAAGACAUGCGAGAAGGGACCGUGAAGGUGACAAUCACCCGUCGAAGCCACGUGACACAGUACUAGCCAAUGAGAUCGCCAAGUCACCGUAAGCGGAGUCUUUGAACAAUGAAAUUCACCGAAAUGUGAAUUAAUAAAUAAAUACAUGGAGCAGUUAUAACACCGUACAAAGUAAAACGUGAUUAACCUGAGGCAGGAUACCCAGAGGAAUUAAAUAAUGUUAUAAAUAAUUAAUGAAGUGCGAAAUAUUUAAAGAGAUAACGAAAGUUGUACGAUAAAAGUAGACAAGUAAUGAACGACGGAGAAAUGACAAGAGUGAGGAAAAUGAUGAGCGAAUUAUUCAUAUGUAUUAACAAUUGCGAAUUGUUUUCACUUUUUUUCCCCCAAUAUUCGCCAUAAUUUAUAAAAAAAAUGAAUAAAAAAAUCCAUGAUAGGCCAAAGAAAUUCUCAAUUGCCCUCUGACAGAAAUACGUUGGUUAUAAUUAAUUGCAACAGUCGAUAAACACGAAUAUUUAAUUAUCACGAGGAAAAAAAUAGUUGAGGUAAGGCAGAGAAAACAGGCCAAUUAACUUUUAUUAUAAAUUAAUAAACAAUUAAACCUCGUUGAUGGUUUACUGAUUGCGUUUACCCAAUCAAUUUUUUUUCCUCAUUUUUUAAAGUACAUGUAAUCAGUAUCUAGUCCUAUAUGUCUAGUUCAUUAUAAUAAAGAUAAAAGUUGAUAGAUAAAACUGUCUAAUUAGUGAACGAAUGAUUCAUUUUUUUUUCAAAUUUUUGAUUCAACAAAACAAUUAGCGAGUACUAAUAAUUAAUCAGAAUCCAUCCAGAUAGUGAGGAAAACGCGAAUUACAAGGAACAAUGCUUCUGACGAGCUAUCGAUAUGUACUUAACACUUGUGUCUCGUUAUUCUUAAUAAUGAAAAUUAUUAAUUGAUAAUUAAUUUGGUGAUAACGGUCCUUAUGGUUGCGCCUUUCAGUAGCAGUUCUCAUUUGAUCGAGUCUUGUAUAUUUUGCCUCGUUAUUGAAUUGGAUUGGACUCUUGCAUGAUUUUUUAUUGGAAACAAAUUUUAUUUCGAAAAAAGGGAAAAUCUAAAAGUCAAUUCUCAUACGAAAUGCGAAUUUCUUUUGCAUCGUAUAUUUUCUUAAUUUUUCAAAUGAUCAAGUGGACACAAAACGUUAACAGUCGAACAAGAAAAUGAAAAAUAGUAGUUCGUAUGUCUUAAUCGAUGAUGUCAUUAAAUAUCACAAUUUCAAGUUCAUAAUGUUGUCGUUUGUAGUGGGGAGAGAAGAGAUACAUAAGUAGAAGAAAAAAAAAUGAUCAUUCAGUAAAUUCACGUCGCUCACCGCUGGAAAUGUCUGGGAGAAAUUGUGAAAUAAUUUAUUGCAUUAGUUACGGAGGAAAUAAUGAUUAAACAGGAUCUGCGGGUAAUUUAGGAUUAAGUCGCAUUCCGCCUCGUUUUUUUUUACAUUUUUCUCAGGAAAUUCAGUGAAAUUUUUGUUGACUUUGUUAUUAGUUUUGCAAGUUUAGUUCGGCAAAUAUUUCAUUACCCAUUAUUCCUUUGUUUUGAGAAUCGCAGUGCAGCUGAAUUCCGGUUUAAAACUUUUUUCGUUUCAUUAGAAAUUGUAAAUAAUUCGGCGGUUUUUUUAAUAUAUGGAAAAAAUAAUAUUGCAUUGUUGUAGAGGAGGAACGCACUGUUACGGGGCAAUUUUUCAUAAUUAAAGUUUAGGUGAUUAGAGACAGAUUGUUGCAUAAUUAUAGAUUUUUUUUGAGAAGAAUUAAUCAACACUCAAUUAUUUCACGAAAAAAGUUAGUUUUGUUCUUCUCAAAGGAAUCUCUAUUUGUGCGGCAGACUGUUAAAUUUAGGCAGCUGCAUCGAAAUUUUAAAAAAUCUCAAUGAAACAAAACAAAAAAUAUAAACCGAGCAGAAAAGUUCCACGAUGAAUGUAUUUCAUGUUCCUAAUGAGAAUAAAAUUAUUUUUUUCGCACAGAUUAAUAGAAACGAACGAAAAAGUAUAUAUAAUGUAUAAGAAAAGAAAUGAAUUUUCCUCAUUUUGCCUCACGAGAAAGAUUAUUUUUGAUGUAACAUCGAUUCAGCGUUUUUUCUUUUUUUAAUUCAUCGAAUCAACUAUUUUUCAUGAAAAGCCAUCAAACAAAUACAAUUAUAACUGAGAAAGAAAGUUGCAGGAUUGUAACGAUCCAGCGAUAAUGGAUUAGAGAAAAAAAGAAUUAUUGACGAAAAUAUAAUGAAAUAUUAAAUAUGCGGGACUCAUGAACAUACUGAUAUUUGUCUAAUUAUAUCUCUUGUUAUAUUAUAUACAUAAAUAUUAUUCAUAUUUUCAAGAAAAGGAAAAAUUAAAGCAAUUGAAAGAAACAUUCA